AUGUCAUUUAGAGGCAUUGAUCAGCCUCGCGGGUUGCUGCAUAGUAGCCAUGCCACUCCACCUCAUUUGCGUCCCGUUGUACGUUCGUCUGGUGACAUCUCCAAUCAACAUAGCCGGGAUGAUCUGGUCACUAUCAAGGUGUCGGACCUCAAAGACCUCACCGACAUCUUUAACAAAGAGAUAUUGUCUUUGCGCGAAGAUUUCGAGAUGCUAAAGCAGGGCAGCUGGAGUGUUACCAUCGGUGCUUUCCAUCCUCCUAAGCAAUUUGACCAAUCCAAAGUGAAUGCUACUCGCCAGCGUCUCCAGAACUCCAGUGGUCUUUUGGGGUUCUUGACCAAUGCUGCGAAGCAGAUUGAGGGCUCCCACAGCCAGGCACCUGCAGUGCAGCCGCCGGAUCAGACGCAGAUCAGUAGUGCUAAGCCAGAUGGGUUCUUGAACGAAGGUGACAACGAAGCCGAGCAGUCCACGCAGUCACCUUGUCUUCCAAUGCACCCAGACACUCCGGUUCCAUCGACGGAGGACCCGUCCUUCACACACAUGUCCUCGGCUGGCAAUUGGCAACCCUUGGCCAUCCGCAGCUUGCGCCCCAUUGACGAUGCGGCUACCGCUACCAUUCCGACUCCUUCUACCAUGCAGACCUUCUCAUGGGACUUCAUUCGACAGUUCCUCCUCGGCAAGUAUUGGAGUCCCGGCUUCUACUAUCACCCGGUGACCGAGGGUGGCAGCAUCCUACCAUCACGUUCUUACUACAUUCUGAACGCCUCAACUGAUCCCUACGUUCCGCGCUCGCCCGCUGCCCACGGCGCAAAGCUGACAGCAUUCUUUAACCCGGAGAACCCGGAGGAUUUCGACGGCGAUGAUGCGGCGGGCGCAUUCAACAAUGUGCCUGUCUUCGUAUCCGAGUCAGAGUGGGCAGAGAAGCAUGAUGUUGGCGGUGGUCGUGAUGAUGAUGAACACAAGGCUGAAGUCGGUGGCCGCAAGUACGUCUACAUGGGAAUGUACAGCCAGCUUCGCCUCUCCGACAAACUCGACUACGACAGACAGAUGGAGCACGUGCCAGACGCGGUGAAGAUGUACUGGGCCGAGCAACUGGCCGAUAUCGCGCGUCCAGGCUGGGUCACGGAUGCGCUCAUGAAAGCUUUCAUGCCUAGGCCCGAGUACGAGGGACCUCUGCCAGGCCAUCCGGACGUGGGGCACGAGAUCGUGAGAAAAGAGGUGGGUCAGCACAUUCGCGACCUGAGCGAGUGGGAGGAGGAGGCAAGGAAGAAGAUUGGCAGGUUGACCACGGAGAAGAUACUGCAGGCGUUCCAGAGGGAGGACUCUGCGGAUCCGCCGGGCCUGAGGCUGUGGUGGGAGUACCUGCAGUGCGUUGGUUGGGACCAUGAGUUCUAUGUCAUGAUGGUGCAAGAGCAGCAGAGGUGGGCGGAAAAGAACAAGUGGGUCAAGACUUUGGAGUGA